AUGUUUAGCCGCUCAGCAAUUCGGGUGGCAUCUUGUAUUGUCGCUGGCCGUCGCUGUCUAACGUCUUUCGCUUCGGUUCCAACCUCAUCACUGAGCCGCCUUGCUACGCCUUCACAGUGUGCGUUGAAUCAGAAGCGAUUCAGCCAAGUCGAAGUGUUCGGGCCAUUCGAUCCACCAAAGCAGCUGACAUUUAAAGAGGUUGAAUCACGUGUAUUGAAAGCUAUACGUGCAUGGGAUAGGUUCCCUGCAGAUAAGGAGACGUUGCUGAAAAUCGAGGCCGAUUUUAUGAAAGAUCUGGGUUUUGAUUCACUCGAUCAGGUGGAGAUUAUGAUGGCAAUAGAGGACGAAUUUGGCUUCGAAAUUCCUCUUGAAGACUCAGAGAAGCUGAAGAGUCCUCGUGACGUAUUCAAGUACAUUUGUGAACGGGAAGAUGUGUUUGAAUAG